AUCCCUUUGCCUGAUGCUUCAUUCAGGGUGUUGAAGAAGGUCAGGGAAUUUUGCAAAUACUACAAGAACGAUGCGUGUCCCACUGCCAGGAACCGGCGUGAUACCCCCAGGCUAACUAGCAUCAGUGAAUGGAACCAAAACUCUAUCACUGCCGACCAAGAUAUGCUUUUCGAGAUAAUCUUGCCUGCAAAUUAUCUUCAGAUCACGUUACUCUUCUACGAUUUCAGAUGUCAAACAGUUGUCAACAGGACUAAGAGAAGCACCCCUGAAAAACUGUGUAAUUUCUUGGCUUCUCAACGAAUCGACUGCGGAGAUAUGCCCCGUUGGUGGUACACUAUAAUCAACUUAUGA